CUCUCUAGCAACUCUACCAACUUCCGGUAGGGAGGGGUACAUAAGAUGCGCGUUCAAGCGAGGAGGCGGGGUGGCUCAUGCGCGGUGAGCCCGGGAGGGAGCGUGUGGGCCAGUUAGCUGAUCUGCAGCGCUCCUCCGCAGGAUGGAGCCCGCGGGCCGAGGGGCAGCAGUAUACAGUAGUACACUCUCCCCAAACCCGAGCCGUGACGGCGGGGACCGGCCUGCUGUGCCUCGUGCCGCCAGCAGACCUCCGUCUCUGGUACCGCAGUAAACGGCGGCUCCGCAUCGGUCCGGCUGGUUCUCCCGCACAGCUGCAGAGCUGGAGGAGCUGGAGCUGGAGCCCGGCGGGGCCCCGGCCCCGACCGGACAGCGGCUCCUACCCGCGGGGUCCUCUGAGGCUGGGGAGGCGCUGGAGACGGACGCCGAGGUGUACGUGGUCGGCGGCGGGGGCAGCGGCGCGAGAUGCGGGAGAUGUGGGUCCGGGAACGCGCUGCGCUGGUUCACCUCCAUAGUGGCACACGCUGCCUUCCUGGGGCUGGGUCUGACUAUUGCUAUAUUAGGACCUACAUUUCAAGACUUGGCUAUAAAUGUGAACCGCAACCUCAGUGAUAUUUCUUAUAUUUUUAUUGGCCGUGCAUCUGGGUAUCUAAGUGGUUCCGUGAUUGGUGGAUUUCUCUUUGACCACAUGAAUCAUAAUUUAAUUUUGGGACUGUCAGUGCUGGGGGCAUCUCUUGGUUUCUACCUUGUCCCCUUUUGCAAGCAAGCAAUAUUAUUGGUUGUUAUGAUGGGAGUCGUUGGAAUUUCUACUGGAAUGUUAGACACAGGUUGCAAUGUCCUCAUCCUGGAUAUAUGGAGAGGUGAAGCAGCCCCACAUCUGCAGGCUUUGCAUUUCACUUUUGCCUUGGGGGCUGUUUUGGCUCCCUUACUGGCCAAGUUGGCCUUGGGCAGUGCUGUGCCCUCUGAAAACCACACAGUAGCUGACAUGUCAAACCACUCUGAGCUCACCCUGCCACCUGCUGCUGACUUAGAAGUUAUAUUUGGAAUACCUGCUAAUAAGAAUUUGCUAUGGACUUAUGCUUUUAUAGGAACUUAUAAUUUGGUGAUGCUUUUCUUCUUUAUUGUUUUGUUUUUCCAAAAAAUUCCAAGUCAAGAGAAGAUGAAAGAAGCUGCUCAGAAGUCUCGAACUGCAAAAUAUCAGAAUGCCCUUCUUGGGCUCCUUUUUAUAUUCUUCUUUUUUUAUGUAGGAGCAGAGGUCACGUAUGGCUCUUAUGUUUUUUCUUUUGGAACACUACAUGCUGGCAUGAGUGAAAGCCAAGCAGCAGGCUUGAACUCUGCCUUCUGGGGGACAUUUGCUGCUUGCAGGGGCAUGGCGAUCUGUUUUGCUACUUGUCUGCACCCUGGGACCAUGAUUGUGUUAAGCAAUGCAGGCAGCUUGAUUUCCUCCCUGCUUCUAGUGAUUUUCAAUAAGAACCACAUUUGUCUUUGGGUAGCAACUGCAGUGUAUGGGGCUUCAAUGGCUACUACAUUUCCCAGUGGUGUUGCCUGGAUUGAACAGUACAUGACCAUUAAAGGAAAAUCUGCCUCUUUAUUUGUAAUUGGUGCUUCCCUGGGAGAGAUGGUCCUUCCUGUGGUGGUUGGAUCUCUUCAAGGAAAAUAUCCACAUCUUCCUGGGAUUCUGUAUGUUUCUUUGGGGUCAGCUAUUGCAACCGGAGUUUUGUUUCCUAUCAUGUACAAACUGGCCACUGCACCUCUUGAUAGCAAGAUUCAGGAAAGUAGAAAGAGUGAAGAUCAGAAAGCACUACUCUCCACCUCUAGGUUUAAUGAUGAGGAUGAGGAUGAUUAUGGAGAAGAGGGUGCUGAAGAAGAAUGGAACAAAGUUGACUUUGAAAUGAGCGAUAUGAUGAGGAAUUCUGGAAUAGAGACAUCUAGAAAAAUUUUGAGAGAAUCUCCCACAGAAAUCUCUAGCCAGUUCUUGUCAAACAACAUACCAUUCACUUCCUCUCUGGUUAUUACUAGCAACUCCCUUGUGAUGCCCCUCCCUCUAGACAGGGAAAAGAAUGACUAAUGGAGUGAAAGAUGGAUUGGUUAUUGAUUCCCUUUAACAACCAUUGACUUUAAGGAGGCAGAUCAGAGUAGAUCAUUAACAGAUUUUCAAACACAUUUUAGGGUUUGGCACUUCUAGCUCUGAUUACAAAAAAUGGAAAAUUCUGGUGUGUCAUGUCUGCCUAGAGUCUUUGACAACAAAGGGAGUUCAGGUAUGGUCAGGUGUCACUAGUAAAGUGACUCUACUGUAAGGUAGCCCCCUACAUUCAGAGGAUGCAAAGAAGGCGUAGAUAUUUAAGAAGUUUCUUACCAGCAAAAGACAUUAAGAGAGUGAUUGAAGAGCAGAGUAAAUGUCUAGAAUUCAAGAAACUACUAGUGGAUUUGGGAAAUAACCAGUUCUAUUUGACAGGAGUUUGUAAAGCCUCAUGAAAGAAUCUACUUUUUGCUUUGAAAAACUUCUUUAACCUGUACCGAUAAUUGUACUUCUCUUCAACUUGGAACAAAUGAUGAUGAUAGGUUCUGAUUUCUGAUUGAGUAUGCUUCAGAUAAUAAUGAAAACAUACGGUGUGAUGGGAAGAACCCUGCAUUGGGAGUCAGGAGACUUUGGUUGCAGUUAUGACUUUAACCACAAAUUAGCUCCAUGAUCUUGCCUAAAUUCA